UGUGAACGAGCUCCUUCAGUUACCAGUUAGUUCGUCAACUAUAAAAUGAAUUCUUCACAGACUACCAAAACCGUUAUAUUCGCAUUCACACUGUGUGCAUUAUUCAUACUCUUAUUACAAGUGCUUUUUGGAAUUUAUAUGUACAAUUUUAUAAAAACUGAUUGUCGGGAAGAAUUUCUUAAAGAAAUUCGUAAAGGUGUCUGCAAAGAGGAAUUUCUAACAUUACUUGGCAAUAAAAGGCUCUUAAAAAAUGUUUGUGUUGAAAUAGGUUGUAACAGCAUUCCUUCGGAUAUGUCAAGUUAUAAACAGAACUACCCCACCAGCAUAUUCAGUCGGCAUAAACGAGGUGUUGAUCAAGGUUUCACACACCCCCAUCAAUUUGUACCGCUAUCAAUUUCAAAUCCUAUUGUGCCUCAUAAACCAGGGCAAACUUCGCGUGUUAAUCAGCGCAAUUCGGCCGGACUUCCAUGUCCGCCAGGUCCUCCAGGACCACCGGGACCCCCGGGUGUGCAAGGAAUAGCUGGACCAAUAGGACCACCAGGGCCAAUAGGAGUAAGUGGAAUACCUGCUGUACCCUGUAAAAAUGGUAUUAAUGGCAUUCCAGGUCCUCCGGGCCUACCUGGUCGAGACGGAUAUCAAGGAAUUCCAGGACCAAUGGGUUCGAAAGGAGACAAAGGUUUACCUGGAAAGGAAGGUACUCCCGGCGUCCCAGGCAUUCACGGCGAACAAGGAAAAGUUGGUCCACCCGGUCCGAAAGGUGAACAGGGCAUACCAGGUCUAUCAGGAGUGAAAGGGAUGAAAGGAGAUCCGGGGUUGAAUGGGCCUCACGGAGAAAAGGGCUUUCCGGGUAAGGACGGACUUUCAGGAAUAAAAGGAGAAGCUGGAGCUCCUGGCGUAAAGGGUCUUAAAGGCGAUGAAGGGAAACAGGGAUCUGCUGGUUUUGACGGGCGAGAUGGUCUCCCGGGAGUACAAGGAAUUAAAGGACCAAUGGGUUCGAAAGGAGAUAAAGGCUUACCUGGAAAGGAAGGUACUCCCGGCGUCUCAGGUAUUCACGGCGAACAAGGAAAAGUUGGUCCAUCGGGUCCAAAAGGUGAACAGGGCAUACCAGGUCUAUCAGGGGUGAAAGGAAUGAAAGGAGAUACGGGAUUGAAUGGGCCUCACGGAGAAAAGGGCUCUCCGGGUAAGGACGGACUUUCAGGAAUAAAAGGAGAAGCUGGAGCUCCUGGCGUAAAGGGUCUUAAAGGCGAUGCAGGGAAACAAGGAUCUGCUGGUUUUGACGGGCGAGAUGGUCUACCGGGAGUACAAGGAAUUAAAGGACCAAUGGGUUCGAAAGGAGAUAAAGGCUUACCUGGAAAGGAAGGUACUCCCGGCGUCUCAGGUAUUCACGGUGAACAAGGAAAAGUUGGUCCAUCGGGUCCAAAAGGUGAACAGGGCAUACCAGGUCUGUCAGGGGUGAAAGGAAUGAAAGGAGAUCCGGGAUUGAAUGGGCCUCACGGAGAAAAGGGCUCUCCGGGUAAAGAAGGAACCAAGGGAAACCCCGGAAACCCUGGUAAGGACGGACUUUCAGGAAUAAAAGGAGAAGCUGGAGCUCCUGGCGUAAAGGGUCUUAAAGGCGAUGAAGGAAAACAAGGAUCUGCAGGUUUUAACGGGCGAGAUGGUCUCCCGGGAGUACAAGGAAUUAAAGGGGAAAAGGGGGACCUCGGUCCUCCUGGACCACAUGGUAAAGAAGGACUAAUUGGACCGCGAGGAAUGCCAGGUCAAUGCAGAUCCGAAUGUAGAGAAUCGGAACAAAACUUCAGUUUAAUAAGCAUUACUAAACUACAGAACGGCAAUUAUACUGGUGGUAAUUUUAGCAAAACAGAAUGCUCUUCAUUUGUGUUAGGCGAAAAAGAAGGGCUUGGAAAGGUUGACGAGGCAUAUACCUCCUUUAUGGUAGAUUCUAAACCACCAAGCGAUAAAGACAGCAACAAGUAUUGGACUACCACAAGCGAUAACCUGAAAUUAUUCGAAUUUGAAAACAUAUACUCGUUUAUUAGCAAUGCACCUUCAAGGAUAUAUGACCUAGAUGUUGCAUUUGAUGGGAAUGCGCAUGUUAUUUACAGUGGUUUCUUUUUUUACAAGGUAAAAGGAAGUAAACCAAAGAUAAUUAAGUAUGACUUCAAAAAUGAAAAAAGCCAAACCCUUUCCAUACCUGAUCUUUCAAAGCCCGAUAGGAAACGUUUGUAUUUAAACGGAUACAACUUAUUUGAUUUUAGUGUUGACCAAAAUGGGCUAUGGGUGGUUUUCACAAUUCAAGAUUAUAUGGGUGUUGCUAGGAUUAACCAUGACGAUAUGCGCAUCCAAGACAUGUGGACGAUUACUUUAAACCAUAACCAAAUUAUAGACACGUUUGUGAUAUCGGGUGUAGUUUACACUUUGGAAUUUACGUUAACAUCUGAAGUACAGAUCCGUUGGGCCUUUAAUUUGGUUUCCAAUACGUCAACUGAAGUGAAUCUAGGAGGAAUUCACCAAACCGGUGGAAUUACAAUGGCGACUUAUAAUUAUAGGAAUAACGAACUGCUGCUUGUUGACGGCGGAAAAAGGAUAAUUUACCCUUUCUUCUGUGAUGAUGGAAUUGUACCUACAGAUGUUCGAGCCGAGUAAUUCAAAUGUAAAAAUUUAGCAAUAAUGUAGUACGCAUCUCAAAUCUUAAGCGACUCAAAGUAUGUAAGCGUAAAAAAAUCUUAAAAAGUUGUUAAAAAAUCCUAUGGUUUAUUAUGUGCUUAAACCGUGAUCAUAAAGCUCCGAGUGUGGGGUGAAAGCUCAAAAGGCAUAAGCUUACAAACUUACAAACUCAUGAUUAGGUCAAAUAAGCAUCCGCAGCAAACUGGUAAAGAUGAUCGACCGACACUUUACACAAUUCAAAAAAAAUUAAAGAAACAUAUUUAUCGUU